CCAUCGUGUGGUUAAAUUGUGUCAGAACUCAAAAGGCCGUGGGCGAGAGAAGACGUGUUUCUUUCUGUAAUGUAAAAGAUUUUAAACGUUGAUUUUCUCUGCUUAAAACUUAGAAGAAAAAGAAGAAGGACACUCAAAUACGAAAAUGAAGAGAAUUGAGGAAGAUGAUGGUUUUGUGUUAAGGUACAGCAAGAAAGCUGUAAAAAAAGCGUUUGUUGAUGUUGUCGUAUCUGCAAAGAAGAGAGGGGAACUUGUGUGUGGUGUUUACGAAGCAGCACAAGUUUUGCGACGAGGAGGUGCUCAGAAUGUGCAAUUUUGUGUACUGGUCAAGUCAGAAGAUCCUGCUAAUCAAGUGUUUUGUCGUCUUAUUGAAGCAUAUUGUUGUGAGAAUAGAAUUAAAGUAAUCAAAGUUGACUGUGGUUUGACAUUAACAUUAAUGGUUGAAGAAUCCUUUGAUGAAAUACAUCAUUGUGUCUUAGUUCAGAAACCAACAGAGCUGCUGGAAGAACAGUCCUGUUUAGCACAACAAACUCUAGCCAGCUACAUGAAACAGAGGGAAACUCAAUCAGUAUUGAAAAUAAGCUGAAUGAUCGCAUAAUUUCAACACAACAGAAGACUGCGGCAGUUUGCUAUGAUUGGAGACUUUUCAAGAUACAUUGAUUUAUUUAAACUCACAAAAAAAUUAAUUUAUACAAAAAUGAAUAGGUGUAUUUGAAAGAGAAAAAAAAUAAAAAUAAUGUUAGUUUAAUAACUGAAAAGACUUUGCACCAAGCGAAGAUAAAAAUGUACCAUGUACAAAGAAAUUUAUAGACAGAGAUAUAGAAUGAUCUUUAAGACUUAAAACUAAUUAUUGCUCAUUCAUACAAGGAAACUUUCUGUACACAAAGUUUAACUGAAUGAACUAUCAUUAGUAUAAUGUAGUUCCUAUGGAAUAAUAUUUUGUAAUGCUCUAUACCUUAGCACUGUAUUUAUUUGAUAUUUUCUACAACAAU